CUCUCUUCACCUUAUUUUCCCCCUCCCCCCUUCCAGCCCCAGCUCUCUUCCUCACUUUCAUUUUCCUUUCCCAGCUGGGACAGCCAAUCUUGUACUGCCCUUCCCCUCACCCCACACUGUGUCACCGUGUUGACACACACAAACACAAGGACUUUUUGUGGGCGGCGUUGGACACAGGGAUGGCUUCUCGCAGCGUGGAGAUCCAACUCACCAACAGCACAAGGGAUGUGACCCUGCAUUCCCCCAGGACCUACUGCUUCAGUGGCUACAGCUCCGAGCCCCCAAGCCCCAUCAUCCCACCAGGAGCCACAGGAUGCUGUGCCUUCGCCAACUCCCCACAACAUUUUAGGGGCAGUGUGGGCAUCCUGGUGUACGAGGCAGAAACCUUCACCUUGGCCAUCCUCUUCUCCAACCCUUACAACUACAGCUUUUACUACAUGGAGUUUGCCGUGGAGAUCUCCCCAGAAAAAGCCCACCUUGGCUUACUGGAGGAUGUCUAUCAAAGGAUGUACAGAGGUUUGCCUGCAAAUCCCAGCAACAGUGGCAUGCUCCAGAUUGUCAAGCUCCAUGCAACCCAGGAGACCACCAUGGUCUCUGCUGGUGGCAUGAAGGUCAUGGCCACCAUGUCCAAUGCUGCAAAGUCCAUCAUUAAAGUAGUUGUGGAGAACAAUGACAGCCCUCCCCCCUAUCCAGAGGCAAUACCACCCCUUCGCUUUAUACACUGUGAGAAAGAGAGAAGAUUCCAGAAGAAGGAAGGGGUGAAUGGUCCCCACUUCCUGUAGAUGCUUUCCCUCAAAAAAAAAAAAAA